CGCAAUUGGAGGAGGAGGGGGAGGAGGGGGAGGAGGCUGAACUGGAGGGCGAGCGUGUCGCUACGUCUAUGCCAUCACCAGCUGGGCCACCGCCGGAGCUAGAACCAGAGCCAGAGCGUUCGGUCGCUUCACGUGUAGCAGUCCCCGGAUCCAGCAGUUCAGAUGCCUGAGCCAUCGCUGCCAUCGUACCCCGCCACACGGGUUCAUAGUGGCAAUCUUUCAUCCAUCGGGACCCCAGUGAUGGGACCGAAUCCAAUUCCGAUCGAGCGGUCGGCAGCACCAUCACAUGCGGACCUUCAGCAUGCGUUUGACAUGAUGGACGAGGAUGAUGAUCGCAGCUUAUCCGAGGACGAUGAUAACAUCCACAUGCCAUAUGUGCCUCCACCCCGCACUUCCACGCCUGUGCACCGCCAUCGCCAUCGCCAUCCUCGUCCACCCACUCCUGCACCCGCACCCUUCCCACAGCCCCGCUCUGGAGAGCCUUCCUACGACCCAGUCAUCCCUCCACUCAUUGCCACUACUGGACCAUCACAAACGAUUACCUCAAACUCUCGUCUCUACGACCCUUCAGGCCAUGCUCACUUCUCACACAAUACGACAUUUCUGUCUCAGCUCUCGCGUUUUAAACGAUUCAUUCGUGAUAUCGACCAACUCCCGUUCUCCUCUGCCGACCAAAUAGCGGACGAAUAUGUACCAUCCCAAACGCACCGCAGCAGGACGCGGGAACAGAAACGAAGGCACAUGACGUCGUCGUCGUCGUGGUACAAUUCCCGAGAGCCCAUUCCUCAAGCCUACUUCUAUGCUACCCCUGGUUUUGGUGCUGUUCCCGCUCUCGAUGCGAUUCCACCACCUGUACAUAAACCACCAGCUUGGAACCCUCAGUGGGAUGCGUGGGCGGGGGCGCACUUGUGGGACACAAUGCCACCUUCUGGCGCCCCUGGUGGUGCGCCUGGGAUGGUAGAGUUCAAUUCGGGCUUGGCGCCAUCUGUUCCCCAUGGGUAUGGAUCUGAUAGACAGCCGGUAUUUGUGUAUCCGAGUGUGGUUCCGAGUAGAUGGUGACCGAUUGUUGCUUUCGU